GAGGAGCGGGAGAAGCGGCGCCUGGAGCAGCUGGAGCGCAAGAAGGAGCUGCAGCGGCUGCUGGAGGAGGAGGACUCCAAGCUGAAGGGGAAGUCACCCAAACAGGUCACUCCAGGGAAGGUCACCAGGGCCCAGAUCGAGGAGACAAUCAGGAAAGACCAACAGCAGAAGGAGAACACAGAUACAGUGGAGAAGGAGAAGACUCACCUGGAAGUCCCCUUGGAAGAGAACAUCAACAGGAGAGUGCUGGAGGAAGGGUCAGUGGAGGCCAGGACGAUUGAAGAUGCCAUUGCUGUGCUCAGCGUUGCCAACGACGCGGACAGACACCCCGAGCGCCGCGUUCGAGCCGCGUUCACUGCCUUCGAGGAGCUGCACCUGCCUCGCCUGAGGCAGGAGAACCCCAACAUGCGACUGUCCCAGCUCAAGCAGCAACUCAAGAAGGAGUGGAUGAAGUCCCCGGAGAACCCCAUGAACCAGAGGCACAAAGCUUACAACAGCCAAAAGUAG